AAACCAGCGCACAUCUGAAAUGUACACCCGUUCGUUCUUAUUGUCCUACUCUGUGGCAUGGAUACUUCUAUUGCUCGUCGCUGGCUGUGCUGGCAAGCGUAAUUGGGAUUACGAACCAAUCUCUAUAGUUACCAGAACGACGGAUGCAUCAAAAAUGAAUCUUGAGGCAGAUGUUGAACGCAUCGGACGCGAUGAAUGCGUUUUUACGGCCAAACUGUUACUAAAUUUCGAUAUGGACGAUACGACCAUGGUGGAGGCUACGGCUUAUCGCAGCUAUUCGGGCAGCGAGGACGAUUACAAGGUUUUGCCCUUCAGAGUACCGAAGCAGACAUUUAAACAGUUUGCCCAAACCCAUUACAAGGAGAUUGCCUACAAGAAUUUGAAGGAGUGCUCGAAUAUACCCGAACCCGAGAAUGUAUACCCCUGGCCUAAAGGCACCUACCAUUUCGAUAACUGCACUGUGACUGGCGAUGGAAUGCCCGAAGUAGUGCCCGUGGGCUACUACAAGCUCGUCUUUACCAUCAGCGGACAGGUCGAUUUUGGCUUCACAAACAUUGGAAAGGUGAUCACGAAUACGGAAAUGAUUGUUUAGAACCCAAAGACAACCGAAGGGUGAUGGCAUAAAAAAACAAUAUUGAAUAAUAAUCAAAAAAUGUAAGUUA